AGGAGAGAGAAAUGAAGGGAAACGUUUCACAGGAUGUAGACAUGGAAGCUACCGCCGACGAGGCAUGGGGAGUUUUCGGCACUCUUCGAGUCGUCGAACUUAUCUGCAAAGUGCUCUCCGGUGCAGUCUCAAGGGCUGAGGUUGAUGGUGACGGUGGAGUUGGCACUGUUAUUUCUUUCGUUUUUGCUUCUGCUUUUGUCUGGCAAGGUAACAAAGCUUUCAAGGAAAAGAUUGUGGCACUCGACAAUGAGAAGCGCAUUAAGGAGGUAGAGGUAAUACAAGGAGGGCUUUUAGACUUGGGUUUCAAAUCACACCGGGUUCGUUUUGAGAUAAUGGAGAAGAACCAGAGCCAUUCCAUAAUCAAGUCGACCAUCGAGUACGAGAUCGACGACGAGCAUGCGGAGAAAGCUUCAGUCGUCGACGAUAAUAACAUUGGUCGCUUGGCUACUCUUGUUGAAGGAGUUGCCAAAUGUCACCUAGAGGAGAAAGCUAAUGCUGUCAAGUGCUAAAUUUAACAUGCUAAUGCCUUCAUCUUUCUUGUUCAAUAAUGAAUUGCCCUCGGCGGGGGCUAACUCAAUUAUGUUUUUUUUUUCCCAUUCACUCUAUAUAUGGCUUGCUAAUAACUUUUAGU